UUUUGAAUCUAGUUGGACUGCAUUUGGAGCUGGUUUUAUGCUCCAAAUUAAUAAGUCUAACUAGGUUUAAGUACGUUUAAUCCAUAUCAAAACUUUGUUAGAAACUCAGCUUAAAUUAUGUCUGAGGAAGUGAAUAUAUUGGAUCUAUCAGAUGAAACUCUGCUCAACAUAUUUUCUUAUGUUACUGCAUCGGAUCUCUACAAUCUGAGCCUCACAAGUGAUAGGUUCAAUUGCAUAGUCAGAGACAGACAACUGUGGAAUUGGUGCGAUGGUAGACCUCAGCCGCAUUCAAGAAAGAAGGUGAACUUCUGCUUGGAGAACCUAACCACAAAAACUAAAGCAAUAUUCUUUGAUGGGAACAGGAACUUGAAUGGACGUUUGGUUAUUUACCAAGAUAUAGAGACUCUUAAAAACUAUAAGGAGCUCACUAUCCUAGCAUUGGAAAAUGUUUUCUUCCAUGGAGAUGAGGUGCCUAUGUGUACAUUUCCACAUAGUCUUGAGGAGCUCAGCUUGGGUGGUUCUUAUAUUACAAACCAUCCUUUGUUCUUCAAAUCUUGCCAUGUUUUGGAAAGACUCAGAGUUGUAAUUUUGGAUAGAUGCAGGUGGUUUACGUCGCAUGCACUUGUAUCGCUCAGUAAGUUGUCCAGCCUGCAGAUUUUGUCCAUGUACUUUUGCAAGCAAUUGCGCGACGAAGAGAUGAGUUAUAUAAGUUUAGCAGGUAGAUUUGGAUUUAAAUCUCUACAAGUGUUGGACCUGCGUUUCACCGGUUACGGAAACGAAGUUGUGAGAUCUUUCUACAAAAAUAGCCAACUAAACGAGUUUUAUUUCCAAAGUUACCCGUACAGCUACUUCAUGGACAACAAGGAAUGGCCGCUGAACUUUGCAGAGCAAGUGAGAGAUACCGAUUACAAAGAGGUUUCUAAGAAAUUUGGGGAUGAUUACCUCUACGUGCAAUUGAAUAUGUUGAAGCUUUCUGAUAUCGGCUUCAGUACACAUAAGCAAUUGGAUCAAUCAUCAAGCGUCGAUUAUGUUCCAUGUUCCAGUGUUUUAUACCAACGACCAUACAGAUUGUGCACAAGCUGUACGCAUAAACGUUGGAAGCAAAGAAAAAAUAAUUGGUAUAAACAAAUGUUAAAGCCAGUUGAUAAGAUAUAUCUGGUAGCGUUUUCUCCAAAAUUGAUGUGGAUCCGGGAAAGAGAUCCUGUCAGCGAUGUAGAGCUGAGCAUAAUUGAGAAUAUGUCAGCUACAGCCAUAAGCAGGAUAAAUACGCCAAUUUUAGCAGGCGAUCCAUCGGAGUGCAGCGUAAUCGUUAUAAACCUGCGAGGAUCAUCGAACGAGUCACACAAUCAACCAGCGGUGUUCUAUGAGCGUAUGAAUCGCGAUAGGGAGUACGAGCUCGGCGAUCCAGAGCCAUACGUACCAGGUGCGAACCUGCCGGAAUUCAGGUUACGCGAAUUCGAGAAAAUGAUGUUAAGUUAUGCAAACAAGCCAGAGAUCAAAGUGAACGAGGAGAUUUUGUCGGAUGCAGAAGACGACCUGAAAGGUAAACGAAAACGGAAAAUCAAUGGGAGCAGUCAUAAGGGAGCCAAGCGACCGAAAAACGAGGAUAUCAAUAAACCUUCCUGCUCAAAAGCAAGGGACAGCGAAAAUGAAAGCGACAGCGAUUAUAGCUGUAGCACACAGGAUCUCAGCGACUCGGACGAUGGCACUAAAAAGAAGACGUUCACGUUGGGUCCAAGACUAUGCUGCUGGCAGCCUCUGGAACAACCUCUUCCGAAUCUCCCGACGCGUUUGAAGUAUAUCUCGUUGAGGGGCUAUCCAAAGAUCACGGAUUCAACUCUGCGCUCUUUGGAGCAUUUGCAGCUCCUGCUUUUGGACGUGACGCACACAAAGGUUACCAAGGAGGGCUUGCGGCAAUUUUUGGAGACGAACCCUAGCUGCCAUUUGAUACACGAGAGCAUCUGUAGCUGCCAACCGCAGAUGCAUCCCACAGACAGAAAAUAUAUCCAUUAACAAAAAAAAGAGAGAAAGACUGAUGAACUUCUAUUGUGAUUUCAACAGAACAUUUUAAUUCAAAUCAAGUGUUUACAGCAUUGCGGUGCAAUAAGUAUUACCUAACAAUUUAUAUAAAUGUGUACAAGAUAUUUAUGAUGUUCGUCCUUGUAUUUAUUGUUAUUAUUUUUGUUUAUUGGUUUAUGACUAUUGUACAUGUUAGACAACCACGGUUACAUCAACGUGAAGUUAGAACCUAAUCAUUAUAUUUUCUCGACAAUUAUAGGAGGAAAAAGUA